AUGGCCAAGAGUUUCCAACCUUUGAUUCACUCGUGUAUAGAUCCUCAAAUUCUAUUUCGGAUUAGGAGGUUUUGUUUGGUUGUGUGCAAUUUGAUGAAAACAGAAAAGGGUUGGAGGAGGUUCAUGAGGUUAGGGAGAGAAUUCGUUGCAGAAAGUUUGAGGCUUGAGUUUUUUUUAGUGAUCUUCCUCGUGAAUGAAACCUGA